GGGCGUGACGACAGAGUAAGCAGUGAGGCAGCAGAAGUGGGGUGAAGUCUUUAAAUAUCGUAUUCUGUGCGAAAAUACACGCUUUGGAAUUGCUUAAGAAUCCUGUCGUCUGCAAUGUGCUUUGUUCAAGAGUUUUAAAGAUCAAUUUAAAGUAAAGCACUUUACUAUGAGUUCCACAAGAGUUCUUCAUAUCCUCAGUCCCCCAAUGCCAGGUCCAGUUAUGCCGGUGGAUAUGGCUAUGCAGCUGUACAUAACCCAUUCCCCCCCCCUGCGCAGCUUCCUGAGCUCUUAUGAAGACUUAAGGACACGCAACAUGGUCAACACUCGCUACAAACCCCUGCGGCCCUGCCUGAGCUCCAGAGCCCACCUGGAGCCCACCUGCCUGGGCUGGCAGAUUCCAAAAUCCAAGGCCAAGAAAAAAGUUGUGUUUGCUGACUCUAAAGGCAUGUCAUUAACAGCAGUGCAUGUCUUCCCUACUUUUGAUAACAGAGAACCCACUACAUCCCAGCUGCAGUAUGACCUGGAAGAUCUAGAGGACGUCACAGCUACUCUCCACAUAAACUCGGUCCAGAGCAGAAUUCUAGAUUUUCCACAGCCAGCAGCAGACUACCUGAACUUCCGGAGUCGGCUGCUGAAGAACUCGGUUUGCUUGGAGAACUGUACCCUCCAGGAGCGUGCCCUCACUGGCACAAUCAAAGUGCGUAACCUGGCUUAUGAGAAGUCUGUCCAUGUACGGAUCACACUUGAAUCCUGGAAGAGCUACCAGGAUGUGGAAUGCACCUUUAUGAAUAAUGUGUAUGGCUGCCAGGAUACAGACACAUUCUCCUUUGCCGUCGAAUUGCCUGGGUAUGUGCCCCCUCACAAUAAGGUUGCAUUUUGCAUUAGCUAUAAAACAGGAGAGCAGACAUACUGGGACAACAAUGAUGGCAGGAAUUAUGGGCUGGUUUCAACAUCUUGGCAUCAAAACAAUAAAUGGAACUCUGCAACACAAUCAAAGAAACCAGAACCCAGAAAGUUAGGCAGGAAAACAGACAAGGGCAUUAAUACAUCUAAAAGUGCCCUCCACGCCAAUAGCCUUUUCUCAAAGUGGCAGAGUUGGGGGUACUUUCAGACCAGUGGCCCAUGCUGGUGACUUGUGCCAAAUGUGUUUAAAAGUUGAUUAUGUGUCUCUCAGUAUUACAGAAUAACAACAGAGGCAGAUAAAUAUUUACUUUAAAGCUCUUUUUAUUUAUCUGGAGUCUGAAAUAAAUUUACAGGUAGUUAAGAUGUUUGGAAACAGUCUAAAAAGGAAACAGAGGCAGUUUGGAAUGGACACAAAGAGUAAACCUUACUUCUAUCAAGUGGAACAUGUUGGCUGCAGUGCAUUAUAAAGAUGUUUAAUUUUUUGGUUAAAGUAAAACCUGAUGACCCCUUUCCUGCUGGAUGUGGAUGCUUCUGUAAAUCAGACCACUAGGGGGUCUAAACGUAAACACUAUAUAACAUCUUUGUUGGUUUAUUAUAAAUUGUGCCUUUGUCUUAAGUGUACUGUGAGAAUCUUUGUAGAAGUUUGUGUCACACACAAUCUGCACCACAUCUGCAGACUUUUCAUUGUGCAAAAUUCAAGCCAUGCAUGUGCGGAUGAUUUAAAGAUGAUAUGUCUGGAAGACUGGAAGAGAUGAACACUUAGUGUUCAACCAGGGAGAUUAUCCUUCAUAUUGAAGCGGUAAACUUUACCUGGAUACAAAUUUUAGAAGGAAUUGGAAAAAGAAAGAAAUAUGAAUAUUUAUCAUAUUUAAUAUGUAAACAUGUCCUUGAAUAUAUAAACAUUCAAUUCAAUUUGGUUUAGAUCCUUUUGUUUAUCAAGCAUUCAGCAUAAAUCUGCAAGAUGUGUAUUUGUGCCUAUGUGUCUUUUUUUUCCUCAUAUAGGAUGUGCUGGAAAUGUAAAUGUGCUAAACAGGUGUUUGCAAUAAGCUAAACAAAUGGACUGAUAUUUGUCUUAAGAUUCUGUGCCUUAGGACUCUGCAGAGCAAAUGUCAGCGUGUUUUGUUAAUUUUAUGUUUAAGUGCAAUUUAGUGAGACUGGAAUGGUUGGUGAUGUUAUGUCUGAUUCAACUGUAAAGAUGAGAAUGACUAUUUUAUUAAAGAAAGUAUGGAUGUCUGGGUAAACGAGUAGCAUACUUAUUUGGUGUGAUUGUUCUGAAAAAAGUUUUUGUUUAAAAAUCACAUUGUCAGUUUCUGUCACUAUUUAACUUUAACAGGGACAUGUUUGAGUGUCAGAGAGAGCUCUUCUGAUAAGCCAGAUUUAGACUUUACAUUUACACUAGCUAGUGGGUGUUGCAAAGCAUUUACCCAUGUUUCCACUGAUCAUGGUAUAAAUAAUAGGGGGUUGUACUUGCUUGAUUUAAUUAUGGGGGGACCCUCCAACCCCCGCAAUCAAUGUCCCUGUCUCUCCAUAUAAAUCAGUUAGGUUGGCAUAUACAGUAUAUGUGAUAGAAGACAUUUGGGCACUUUUUACUUUUAUUACUUUGUCUAUUGGAAGAGAAGAAAGAGGUUAUAACUGACUGCAUUAAGGGACACUAAUGUAAUGCUGCACAUGGAAAUACUUAAAAAAGUGUUUAGUAGGAAGAAGGAACUUUGAACUCAGCUACUUGAUCGAAACAAGUGUCUCCCUCAUAUAAGUCACCAAAACCUGAAUGCACCAACAUUUGUUUUGAGUAAUUCAAUUUUUGAGCACAUCUGGAAUUAGACUGAAAUGGUGUUAUCAUAGAUUGGUAAUAAGAAUUUGUAUGUUUUCUUAAUAUUCAACCCCAGCUUGCAGGUGACUCUUACAACUUUUUUCAUAACAUAGGUCAGGGAAAUGAAUAAUGACUUAUCUAGGGGAAUUUGCCCUGCAUGAUGUGUUUCAAUUAUUAACCAAAACUUUAAUCAAUGAAAGCUUAACAAUUUUCAACAUGAUAUUGUAUUAUUUUUAUCACAUAAAGUGCUUUUAUUCAGAACCUUAUAGCACAAUCUAAAACACAUAGGAGUUAUUUUUGUCAAAUAAAGUGUUGCAUAACAGAGCAUCACAGAUGUUAGAUAUUGCUUAAAUAAU